AUGAGUUCUCAACAACAAGUUGACCAUUUACUUCAAGAAUCAGACAAAUGUAAAGUAGAGACAUUACCAAGAAGACCAACUCAGUCAAUUCCAAACAAAAAAAAGAUGAGUAAAGAAGGGUUUGAAAAGAAAAAAAAAAUGACUUGUGAAACAAAAGAAAAAGCAUGUGCUAUGACAGUUGAUUCAAAUGAUGAAUGUGUUUCUCCAAGAAGACACCCUUUUUAUGGAGGAUCUCCUAUGCCAUGUAUGAUGAUUGCAGAAGAAUUGAACAAAAGAAAUAAACGAGAACCUACCAAAAAUGCUCUUAUCAGAGAAAAAUCAAAAGAAAAGUUAACUAUGAAGAAAUCUGAAACAACUGCCUCACAACACCAACUCCCUACUCCUGUUGGUGGCUUUAAAAAACCAUCAGAAAUAAAAAAAGCAACACCUUCUAAAACUACAUCUACACAACACCCUCUUAAACCUUCACCUUAUAAUCAAAAUAACACACCUCAAAGACCAGUCUCAAUGUAUUGCAAACCUCCUGGAAAUGAAUUAAAACGAGAGCGAUCAGGAGCAAAACUAAUGGCAGAACAAAUAACACAAACACCAGCAUUUAAAAGCAAACCUAUUGUUUCAGAACAUACUAAACCAAACCCAAUCCUUCCUACACCAAAACAAAUAAACUCAAAUACUUCAGAACAAAAACCAAAGUGUGAGACAGAAAAUGCUCCAAUUAUUUCAACAACCAAAUCACCAAAAAAAAAUAAGUCACUACCACAACCACCUAUGGAAGUACUAGAAAUGGAAGAAAAAACUAAUUCUAAAGACCCUCAAAAAAAACCAAAACCAUCUCUUCCUUCAAGAAAACAAAACCUUCCUCCAAAGAAGGAAAGUAUAACAACAAAACCUCCUUCAACAAAUGAACAUAAACCAAAAGUUCCAGAAAAAAAAGAAGAACCUAUUACAGAUUUUAGAAGUGUUUUAUUUAAUGGAGGAAAAUCAUUAAAAGAAGGAGAAAAGAAAGAAGAAAACAAACCUCAACUUCCUGAAAAAAAACAGAGUCAUGCUGAACCAAUUAAAACAACAACUCAAAAACAUGAAAGACAAUCCCUUCCUUCAAACCCAGAAAAGAAAGAACGGUAUAAACCAACUCUUCCAGCACGUAAUACUCCUUCAAUUGCUCAGCCAUCUAAACCUUCAACACAACCAAAACAGAGUUGUUUGGAUACUUCAAAACAAGAAAAGGAAGAUAAGCCAACACCACCACCAAAGAAAGAUAGUAUAAAACCAAAAGUUCCAGAAAAAAAAGAAGAACCUAUUACAGAUUUUAGAAGUGUUUUAUUUAAUGGAGGAAAAUCAUUAAAAGAAGGAGAAAAGAAAGAAGAAACAAAAGAAAUAACAUCUAUCAAACCAACAACACCUCCUAAAAAUAAAACUGUUGGAUCACCAACUCAAUCACCACAAUCAAAACAGUCAACAAAAUCACCACUCCCAAAGAAAGAAUUUAAAAAAGAAGAAGAGCCAAUCACUGAUUUUAGAAGUGUUUUAUUUAAUGGGGGAAAAUCAUUAAUGCAUGAUAAUUAA